AUGCUUCCCUUCUAUACCCUUGCAGCCACCAUGAGAGGCGAGAUCAGUGCUGCCGCUACAUUCAUCUCGAAGUUCCUCAGCACCAAGGGCCUCAGGAGCGAACAACAGCUGCAGACCUUCAGCCAGAGCCUGCAGGAGCUACUGGAAGAGCAUUACAAACAUCACUGGUUUCCAGAGAAGCCCUGCAAGGGAUCAGGCUACAGGUGUCUUCGCAUCAAUCAUAAGAUGGAUCCUCUAAUUGGACAGGCAGCCCAGCAGAUUGGACUGAGCAGUCAAGAGCUGUUCAGGCUUCUCCCAUGUGAGCUCACACUCUGGGUAGAUCCCUAUGAAGUGUCCUACAGGAUUGGGGAGGAUGGCUCCAUCUGUGUGCUGUAUGAAGCCUUUCCAGCAGGAGGUACUUCUCAAAGUGCCACCAAAGAGCAAAUGGGAGAUAGCAGAGUCAGCUGCAAGGAGAAAACUCUAUUGGGCAGAGCAAGCCCUUCUCAAAACUACAAUAUGAUGACUGUGUUGGGUUAA